GCCACUUAGUUGCCAAGCUGGUCGCAUGUUUAUGAAUCUGCUUGGUUACUGCCUGGGUUGUAACUCCUGCACUAUUUCAGGAAGUUUCCGGAGCGGGCCCAGUCGCAAGCGCUCCACCCUGCCUGCCACGCCAGUUGCUUCGUCACGGUAUAACUAGACAGCGUAAUUUGCUGAUGCCGCUUCAGCCGGCGACCCAAUUUGUAGUCUCUGAGGCGGGCGCACCGGGGAAGUGCAGUGCUGACCGCGCGCGCAACCGAGUGGUCGGACCGGCAACGAGGCAGCCCGUGCCACCCAGAGAAACCUAAGAGCCAUUUCCAUGGAGGAGGCAAGUGUAGCACCGGGGUCUGCGUACAGUGCGCACCGGCAGGAUCUAUGGUUGCAGGCGCGGGCACAUGCCGGCGCUGCAUCUCCGUCCACGGCAGCAGCGGAUGCCACAACCCGCGCGACGGCCGCGGCACCGGCACCGGUCGCUGACGGUGCUGCUAAAGCGGCACCCGCAAAUUUGGUUGGCUCCACGGCUGCGGCACCAGCUAAGCCGCCGCCGGCGGCAGCAGGGGCUUGCGGACGGCCAUCGCGCUCCGCCGCGGGCCGCGCGCGCAGCGUCAUCGCUCACCAGUUGCACCAGGAGGCGCUGCCUUGGGCCAAACGGGAAGCGGCGGGCGCGGCGUCUUCCCACGAAGGCGCGCACUCUGAGAUCAAUGACGACAUCGCGGCGCCGGCAGCAAGAGCAUCAGGGCCCAAGAGAGCAGCUGUCGCAGUAGUUGCAACCAACCCAGGCACGCCAGCAACCGCAAAGGCGCCCAUGCAACCGAAGCCGCUGCCGCUGCCGCUGACGCCGGACGUACGGUGUGCGGCGUGUGGCAAGUCCUGUGAUGCAAGGUGCGGCUUCUUCGCCCGCGGUACCGGCAACUUCACCUGCCGCGGCUGCUGUAUCCGCAACCUGAGCACCCAUGGCUUCUACGGCCCGCCAGGGACGCGGAGUCUGGAGGAGGCGGGCGGCCGGGAGUGCGCCGAGUGCGGCAGGCAAGACACGCCCCGGUGGUAUCCCCACCACACAACGCUUGGGGCCUACGAAUGCAACGCCUGCAACGCCCGUUUCAAUGCGCGCAAGUCGCGGCCGCGUGGCGUCGCGCCACCGUUGGAGUCGGCUGCACGCGGGAUGGCGGCAGGCGUCACGGCGGCAGGAAGCGCGGUGAGGCCAGGCCCCAUGCCGCCGGCCGCUGUGAACAAAGCUGCGACGGCAGCGCCCGCCGGGAAGUCAGCAGCAGCAACCGUGGCAUCCGGGCCGCUGACUGUAGGGGCCGGUCGGAAGGCAGCUGCUGCGGUGAAGGUAGGCGCGGUGAAGGCAGCAGUGUCUAAGGCAGGGGUCGCGAAGACCGCUUCCAGAGCACAACAAGCGGCGGGCUUUCCCGUGGCACGGAAGCGACCGCCCGGCGCACGGAGCCUGCUGGACGAGGCGGGCGGUCGCGAGUGCGGCGACUGCGGUGCCCACAGCGGUGACGGGUCGUCCUGGCGGCCGCACCCGGACCAGCAGGGCGUGUACGUGUGCGGCUCGUGCGGUGGGAAGGAUGCAGCCCGCAAACGGAAGCUGGGUGGCGGCGGGGAGGGCGGAUCGGCGCGUAAGGCGCCAAAGCGAGUGCCCGGCCUGGUAGACACGGCGGGCGCACAAGCUGCGGCCGUGCCCUCUGCAGCCUGCUGUGAAGGCGGCGGCACCAAGCGCCAGCGGCAGCGGCGGCAAGAGCAGGCAGCGGGCGCAGGCAGUCUCAGCGGCGCGGAGGCCGCGGCGUCCUCAUCAGCGGUUUCGCCGACAGUCACGCCUGCAGCGAAGCGCCCGGCGCACUCGCAGCUGGUGCAGCGACAGGACCCUGCAGCCGCGGCCCCCGCCACGUCAUGGAAUGCGGUGGCAGCUGCGGCGGCGGCUUGCCAAACGUCUCACAGCGACGAGGCGACGGCGGAGGCGGAGGCGGUGCGGCAGGGUGCAUGGGAGGCGCCAGGCAGUACACCGCGGUGGGAGCUGCCGCAGCUGUCACAGUCACGACAGCGGUCGCAGCAAGUGUGCCAGCAGCCAGCAAGGGGCCCCUUGCCGGCCCAAAGCCGGGCACCUGCAGAGCAGGGGCGGGCGCCGGCCAGGGCGACCACGUCAGUGUCGGACGCAGCCGCGUCAGCCGCAGCAGCGUCGCUGGCGGGCACUUCGACAGGCCUUUCCGGGCGUUCGGAUGCCGCAGCUACAGCGCCUACUGCCACCAUGACCAAAUCCAGCAACGCGACUGGCAUCACUGCUACAGCCUCGGUGCUGUCCGAGUGGACGUCGCCGGCGAUCGACGCCGUGCGAUGCGCAUUUUGCGCGGGAGGCUUUGUGCGAAUGGAGACCGGGCACUUCGGUUUCUUUAUGGAGGGCACGCGCGCCUACACCUGCCACGGCUGCUGCUGCAUAAACCUCAAGCGUUAUGGCUUCUACGGCCCGCCAGGGGCACGGAACAUGACGGAGGCGGGCGGCCGGGCGUGCGCCGGCUGCAGGACCACCACAGCUCAGACUUGGGUCCCGCACAAGUUCCGCAUGGGGCUCUAUCUCUGCACGGCCUGCCACUGCCGGCAAGGCAGGGGCACGCCUCCGGAAGACGGUCGCGGAACAGCCGGGGCGGCCGCAGGGGAUCGAGCAACAGCCGCACGAGGGCCGGUGCUGGUGCUGUCGCCGUUGCAGCAGCAGAAACGUAAGCGGCGGCGUGCGCGUGAGCAGCAGCCAACCUCAAAGGAGGAUGAGAAGGAGGAGGAGGACGGCGGCGAUGGGGCGUGCGAAGGUGCGGUGGACUCUGAGUUUGAAGAGCUGGUGGAGGAGGCUGCGGAGGGAGAUGUGGAGGAGGCUGCGGAGGGAGAUGUGGAGGAGGCUGCGGAGGGACGUUUGGAGGAGGCUGUGGUGGGAGAUGUGGAGGAGGCUGCGCUCAGCGCGCGGCGUCAGCUGCUGGAGCAGCAGACGGCGUUCAGGGUUCAGGCUAGCCACGCGCUGCUGGCGGCGAGCGUGCAUGCGUCCGCAACCGCUGUGGCAGGUCUCUUCGCAGCGGACCAGGCCCCGGCAUGCAGCGGCGGCGGCAACGGCGAAGGCAGCGGCGGCAGCAGCAGCUGCAGCAGCAGCUACCGGCUUCCUGCGUCGCCCGGGCCGGAGCAGGUGGCGGGCCGCAUGUCCGACUGGCUGCAAGCGCACGUGUGCCGGUGGCCGCUGGCGCUGCUGCUGGGGCCGGCCGCGGAGGCACUGGGCUUGGACAGGGAGGAGCCGCCGCCGGGGCUGACGCCGGAGGAGCAGGAGACCUGGCGAGGCUGCCGCGCGCGCGUGUGCGGUACCUGGCUGCGUGUCGCUCACCAAGCCAUGAUGGGUCCAGCCGCAAGCAACGCACCAGCGGCAUCUACUGCAGCUGCUGCUCCCUUCGCCGCCGGCGCCGCGCCCUCGGCCGCUGCUGCUGAACGCCCUGAGGCCCGAGGCCUCCUGCCGCGCCCGCAGCAGCCUGCCGCAUCCAGCCCGCCGGCGGCUGUGCAUCGCUUCCGCAUGGAAUCCUACAGCGCCAGCGUCGCGCUGGCAUCGGAGCUGGCGAAAUGGCUGCAGUCCGCGCCGCGCCGCAAAGUGCAGCAAGAGUCGCUGCCGCCGCCAGCGUCGACGCUGCCGCCGACGCAUGCGCAUACAGCUGGUGCAGCGGCAACGGCACAGCGGCACGAAGGGGUUGCGGGUCCGUGCCUGUGCACACCUGGGUCGGCUGCGCGUGCGGGUGGCGCUGCUGCGGACCUAGGGGCUGUGGACGGCAGCAGUACUUGCGGGCGGGGGGCUGUGCAGCCGGAGUCAUCGGCAUUGGCAGGCUCGGCGUCGGCAGCAGGCGGCGCGGCGGGGCGUGCAGAUGAAGGGAGAGACGGCCUGGAGGCGUCGCUGCAGCCGCUGCUGCUACGGCCGGUAUGCCAGGCAUUGUGCGAAUGACUGAGAGGCGGGUAGCAAAGCGGGGUUCUGUGUUGUUGUACCAGUACGGAGUGUGGAACGGUGGCAGGCUGCGUGUACAACUGGUGCAUGCGGGUACAACGCGUUUGCAGGUCUGCGGGGACAAGGUUGGUUCUGGGCCUACAUACCAUGAGCGUGCCGCAGAGAUCAAGCCAAUUGCAACUGCGCUGAUUGUGGUUGCCUGGUUGGACGUCAGGGACUCCCGUGCCAUACGCACUGCUGUGGAUGUGUCUGCCUGCUUAAAAGCGUGGCUGUACAGGAUUGUGCGCAUUGGACGUUCGCCUG